CCAAUACUGCAAUCUGUACAAGAUGCAAAUCUCUUUUCUGAUUCUAAAUACUUUGUGGAUAUGCCACUUAAAAUCGAUCCUGUUUCGACUUUGAAAGAUUUUUAUCAACUAGGAGACAAGAUAAAGAAUCUUUCAAUAUUAAGACAGUUCGUUGACGAACAUUUCGAUGAACCUGGCAUGGAACUAGUUGAAUAUUAUCCAGAAGACUGGGAUGCUUUCCCAUCCAGCUUUCUCAAAAUUCAAGAUUAUAAACUUCGUAGAUGGGCACUUCAUUUGCAUCGUAUUUGGCGUGAUCUUUGUAGGAAAGUAAAAGAUGAUGUUAGACAGCAUCAAGAGCUUUAUUCCUUACUCUAUGUGCCUCAUCCAUUUAUCAUUCCAGGUGGACGUUUUCGUGAAUUUUAUUAUUGGGAUUCGUUUUGGAUAUUAAAAGGUCUUCUUUUCUCAGAAAUGCAAGAAACAGCAAAAGGGAUUAUAAGAAAUUUGGCUUAUAUGGUCGAAAAUCAUGGUUUCGUUCCGAAUGGUGGUCGUGUUUAUUAUUUGAUAAGAUCUCAACCUCCAUUACUCUCUCCUAUGCUUUAUGAAUAUUAUUUAGCCACGGGCGAUUUGGAUUUUGUUUUAGAGAUUCUGCCUAUACUCGAAAAGGAGUAUAACUUUUGGCUUUUAAAUCGCGCUGGAUCUUUCUAUAAUGAAGAGAAAUCAGAAAAUUUUGUUUAUUUUCAACAUCGCGCUGUCAUGAAAACACCACGACCAGAAUCUUAUCGAGAAGAUAUGGAUUUAGUUAAAAAUCUUAGUACAAAAGCCGAGAGAGAGCUAAUGUGGUCAAAUGUGGCAUCAGCAGCAGAAACUGGUUGGGAUUUUAGUACGAGAUGGUUUGCUCAGAGUGGCCCAUCAAUGCAUCAUAUGAAAUCUAUUCGGACUAUUUCUAUUGUUCCUGUCGAUUUGAAUGCAUUUAUGUGCAUAAAUGCUCGUAUACUUGCAGCACUUUUUGAAAUAACGGGAAAUUUCACCAAAGUCUUAUUAUAUCAAGCGCGUUAUGAGCAAGCAAAGUUUGCAAUGAAAGAAAUGCACUGGAAUGAAACUGAUGGUAUUUGGUAUGAUUAUGAUCUUGAUUCAAAGUUGCAUUCAAAUACUUAUUAUGUCUCUAAUGCUCUACCACUUUAUGCAAAAUGCUAUGAUGAAGAUGACGUUGUUCCACAUAGAGUCUAUGAAUAUCUUAAGAGAGAAGGUAUUUUAAAUUUUACAAAAGGCUUGCCAACAUCACUAGCAAUGGGAAGUGAGCAGCAAUGGGAUAAGGAAAACGCUUGGCCACCAAUGGUACAUAUGGUUAUUGAGGGUUUCAGAACCACAGGCGAACCGGAACUCAUGCAGGCUGCUGAAAAAAUGGCAACUCAAUGGCUGGCUGUAACGUACAAAUCAUAUAUACGAACACAUUCUAUGUUUGAAAAAUAUAAUGUAUCUGCACUUAUUGAAGAAACCAGUGGCGGUUCAGGAGGCGAAUAUGAAGUUCAGACAGGAUUCGGAUGGACUAAUGGUGUAAUCUUAGACUUACUGGAUAAAUAUGGCGAUAAAAUGACUUCAGCGGCAAUUAAAUUACAUGGAUUUGGUGUUAUUUUCAUUUUUUUGAUAUUUUAUGUAAAUUUCUUAUGA